CCAAGCUGCUCCAUUGCUAAGCGGCUACUCUGAUGACCACCUCGCGUUGCUGUUGUUCUGCGCGCUCUAUGCUCCAGUUCAAUUCCUUAAACAUUUGAUCGCCUUAUGGCUGAAUUUUUGCGCCGUCUUGUUUCGGGGGGCAAGCUAGGUUCAAGGAUCCGAAUCUUGACCUUGAGCUAGGUAUGCUGUUUAAUUGAUGAUCGAGCUCCCUGUGACACACUUUCAUCGUAUUCUUUUAGACCUUGUGUAUGUAACUGAUCAAGUCAUUGUUAUGGGCUAUCCUGCUGCUGGCAUUGAGGGCCUCUACCGAAACCGCCGCGAGGAUGCUCAGCGUUUUCUUACUGCUCGGCAUGGUAGUGACUUUUGGGUAUUCAACUUCUGCCCAGUCAGGGAGAACUUUUAUGACAAGAGUGUUUUUGAUGGACGAGUGAGUCGCUACCCCUUUCCAGAUCAUCAUACGCCUCCCCUUGCCGUUCUCCCCUUGGUUUCGAGAGAGAUACAUGCUUGGGUAACGGUUUCAAAGGACCGAGUAGCUGUUUUACACUGCAAAGCUGGGAAGGGAAGGUCGGGUACGCUAGUCUGUGCUUAUCUUCUCUCGCUCGACACUUUUUCUCUUCCUUCUGCGGAAAACAGUUACCUUCAAAAGGACUGGGUGACCGUACGCGUUGAUGAUUGCAUGCAAGUAAUCCCCAAUCAUGCUGUCCUGGAUGAACUAGGGGAAGCAGCCGUCUCCUCUGCAUCAUCCAUUGUGGAAGAAAGAUUCCCAGAGUCCCGAGAUGAAAGUCGAAGUAUUCCCUCCAAACCCUCUGCGCCCACGUUACAACAGGUAUUAGACUUGCACACCUCGCGUCGCAUGAAGGCGUCGUCCAUUUCAACGGACAAAUCAGGCACGAAGCCGGGAUCAGGUGUUAGCAUUCCUAGUCAGCGGCGCUGGCUUUCAUACUGGUCGCAACUUCUUGCUGGUCAGGGUCCACCUGGCAUGUGGGGACUGUCAGACGUGAAAUCGGGCUUGCACGAUGGCUCCAACUCACCAUCGAUUCUCCGGAGGAAAGUGCGCAUUACCGAAAUUUCGCUUCGACUGCGUGAGCUCUCUGGAAUUAAAGCGGGCCUCGUUCGUGCAGCCAGCUUUCUAAUGGAUCGCGGAAAGGAUGGACGUGGUCUCAUUAGUCUUGGCAAUAACCGUGUGUGGGCGUCACUAGCACGUUAUGACGAUGAUUUGGUUGACGCUCUAGAGCGUCGGGAGCAAAGUACUCGGGAUAUCACUAACUUGGGAAGGCAAAAACUUGAGUCGUUCGAAUCGGUCAGUGGUAUCUUUACCAGCGACAAAUGGGACAAAGAAAAAAUGAUACGGACUUUCGCUCGGAUGGGAGAUGAUGGAAAGCUACCUUCUGAAAUGAAUAGCGCAGACGAGGGCAUCAAGGUCUAUAACUAUGUUCUUGGUCCGUUGACUGAGGAGCAUUGGGUGGACAUUUCCAAAGCACCGUUUCGACAGGAGGAAAUUCACAGCUCAGAAGCUUCAAUUAAAUCGGAGAUGACUUCUAUCCAUUCCAUAUCCCGGCCAGUGACAGACACCAGGAUCGGUCGCAGCGGAAUAGUAGUUGACGCCGACCGAGAGUUGCGGAUUAAACUCUACAUGGGACAGGUAUUUAUGACUUGGCUGUGGUUCAUCCCAGCAUUCCAUAUCGCUCCUGAGAUGCCAUCCUCAUCGUUCAUACUGCCUCGAGAUGACCUCGAUUUCCCGAUUGGCAUAGGCAAGGGUAUCAUGGAUGUGGAGUUGAAAAUGGAAUGGUGCCGAGAUGAAGUCGAUGAUACGCAAGUGGAAACUGCUCAGACGGACUCGCCUUCGUCAGGGGUGGAGACUGUCGUGGCCAGCCUCGCUGGUGGCGUUGAUAGCCAAGCUGUCCAAAGAUAAGGAGAUCGACGAUUCGUACUAUGGCACUUUACACGUCAUAUGGUGGCGGCCGCCUUGCUCUGGGUAGAUCCGGGGUCCUCUUGGGCUAAGUUGUCACUUUCUCCUCGUCAAGUUGACGAUUUCGUUCGUCGCACGCUACACUCCUGAUUAUCCUCGCGCCAACUGUCAUCAUACUACAUAUGACGGAUGGUGUAAUAUAUGACAAUAUUGUGCUUUUUUCGCGUACUCCUUAUCCGAUUUUCCUUCGCUAUGACGUCGGUUGUCCUCAAACGAGUAGGGCUCAUCAGCGC